CCCGAAGUGUGUACAACAGUCUAGCAAUCACGACGUCCUUAGGAUAAAACAGUCUAUGUAUACGAUAUGUUUUAUACCGAAUGAUAUCGUUCGACUACACUCUAAAUUAUUUGAUAGGCUUCAAGAGCACAGUGGAAAGUAAUCAAGAUUAUGUGAUUAACUCACACUUGUUAAUGAUGAAUCUGAAAUUUCAGAAAGCAAACUUGCUUGGAAUUGAAUUAUCGAGAGAACAAUGGGUUCAUUUCAUACUUAAUAGUCUUCCUCCUGAGUAUAAUGGAUUUGUUGUAUCUUAUAUGAUCAACAAUUUUAACUCAUCCGACAUGGAUAAGCUAGAAGCAGAAUUGCGAGCUUAUGAACAGAACUUACCUGCAAAGGGGCCACCCCCCGGAUUUGCAAACUUGAGUAAGAGGAAAAGAAUUAAGUAUGAAGCUUCUAACAAUGCUGCUUCUUCAAGUACAAUUGAUGGUAAUACACUUCAAUGUUCAAAUUGUAAUGAGAAGGGACAUCAAGAAGAACGAUGUCCCAGACUUCUAAACAAUUCGAAUGAAGCUGCUUGAAACUUGGGAUUAUCUAAAUCCAGAGGAGUUGAAGCUCAAAGUUGGAAAUGGCGAGUUAGUAUCGGUCCAAGCUAAAGGAAGAGCCCGCCUCAAGUUUCAGAAGAAAUUUUUAGUUUUAGACAAUGUUUUGUUUAUUCCUAAUUUUAGUAGAAACUUGAUUAGUGUUUCAUGUUUACAAACACAAUUUUAUAAAUUGAAUUUUUCGA